UAAAUCCCGUUGUUCCUCGCUUCUUCUUCUUUUUUCUAAAAGCCACGGAGAAUCAGCGACGACGACGACGGCGGAGCGCUAGUGAAUAUUUUUUUUAUUUAUGUUCGUUUGAGUUCCGUUUCCGGACCAUCAUUGUGAUUCGAGAAUCAGGAGAAAGCAGCCGCAACUCGUAAAAGAUGGCCAGCGUAAGACUGAUCGGUGCCGCGCUGCAACGAAACGUGACCUUUGGACGGGCGCUUCAGCUGAGGGCGCACCAAUCGCAAAUGACGGCGCGACUGCUGGCGACGGCCGCACCGGCCACUAGUAAACACAUCCGCACCCGGCUCGUCGACAAUGUGCUGGUCAUCACACUGGACUCGCCGGGAGUGAAGGUGAACUCACUGAACGAGGAAGUCCAGGCCGAGUUUGAUGCCGUGAUCCGUGAGGUCGAAACCAAUCCGUCCGUCAGCUCGGCCGUGCUGAUCUCCGGUAAACCGGGCUGUUUCGUGGCCGGUGCCGAUAUAACGAUGCUGGAGAAGUGCAAAUCGGUCGAAGAGGCGACUCGAGUUUCGCACGAAGGCCAGAUCCAGUUCAGCAAGUUGGAGAAAUCCCGCAAACCGAUUGUGGCCGCCAUCAAUGGCGUGUGUCUCGGCGGUGGGCUGGAACUGGCGCUCGCUUGUCAGUAUCGUGUGGCGUUAAAGGAUAAGAAAACGGUCGUUGGACUGCCGGAGGUAAUGCUAGGACUGUUGCCUGGUGCCGGUGGUACUCAGCGAUUGCCGAAGCUCACCUCCAUCCCGACGGCCCUCGAUCUGGCACUGACCGGUAAGUCGGUUAAAGCGGAUAAGGCGAAGAAGCUGGGCAUUGUCGAUCUGUUGGUGAACCCACUCGGUCCCGGACUGAAGCCAGCCGAACAGAACACCCUCGAGUACCUGGAGCAGGUGGCCAUACAGGUGGCGAAGGAUUUGGCCUCGGAGAAACUGAAGGUGAGCCGCCAGAAGACGGGCCUCGUCAAUAAGGUGACCGAGUUUGCGUUCGGCAUCGAAUGGGUCAAAGAAAAGGUGUUUGCGAAGGCCCGCGAGCAGGUGAUGAAGCUAUCCGGUGGCCUCUAUCCGGCACCACUCAAGAUCCUGGACGUGAUCCGUGUUGGUGUCGACAAGGGACAGGAGGCCGGAUACGAAGCGGAACGUAAGGGUUUCGGCGAACUAUCUCAGACCCCACAGUCGAAGGGACUCAUUGGACUGUUCCGUGGACAGACCGAGUGUAAGAAGAACCGUUUUGGCAGGCCCGCAAAUCCACCGAAGACGGUUGGAGUUCUCGGAGCCGGCCUAAUGGGAGCCGGUAUCGUGCAGGUCAGCAUCGAUAAGGGCUAUCAAGUGAUAAUGAAGGACACCACCGAGGCUGGACUGGGUCGAGGUGUCGGUCAAAUCCAGGGUGGUCUACAGAAUGCCAUCAAGCGCAAGCGUAUCAGCGCAAUCGAACGCGAUCAGAUUCUGUCCAACCUGACCUCCACCCUAAGCUACGAACCGUUCAAGAACACCGACAUCGUGAUUGAGGCCGUGUUCGAGAACAUUGACAUCAAGCAUCGUGUCAUCAAGGAGCUGGAGCAGGUCGUCCCGAAGCACUGCAUCAUCGCCACGAACACGUCGGCCAUUCCUAUCACGAAGAUUGCGGCCGGUAGCUCGCGCCCAGAGAAUGUGGUCGGUAUGCACUACUUCUCGCCUGUGGACAAGAUGCAGCUCCUGGAGAUCAUUACGCAUCCGGGCACAUCGAAGGAGACUGCCGCUGCCGCCGUGGAAGUUGGCCUACGUCAGGGCAAGGUUGUGAUCACCGUCGGCGAUGGUCCCGGCUUCUACACGACGCGCAUCCUCUCGACCAUGCUCUCGGAGGCAAUCAGACUGUUGCAGGAGGGAGUCGAUCCGAAGGAUCUUGACAAAAUGACCAAAUCGUUCGGCUUCCCGGUCGGUGCCGCCACUCUGGCCGAUGAGGUCGGUAUCGAUGUUGGAGCGCAUAUUGCGGUCGAUCUGGCCAAGGCGUUUGGUGAUCGCUUUAGCGGUGGCAAUCUGGGCGUCAUGGACGAUCUGGUGAAGGCCGGCUAUAUGGGACGCAAAUCGGGCAAGGGUGUGUUCGUGUACGGCAGUGGCAAGAGCAAGAACCGUGAGGUGAACCAAGGAGCCCUAGCGAUCUUGAAGCAAAAGUACGCUCUUCAAUCCCGCGGAGCUAACUCCGUCGAGGACAUGCAGCUACGCAUGGUUUCGCGCUUUGUCAAUGAAGCGGUGCUGUGUCUGGAGGAAAAGAUAUUGGACAGCCCGCUGGAGGGUGAUGUGGGUGCCGUUUUCGGACUCGGAUUCCCGCCAUUCACCGGUGGACCGUUCCGCUGGGUGGACCAGUAUGGUGCCGGUAAGCUGGUAGACAAGAUGCGCUCGUAUGCCGACCUGUAUGGUGCUCCGUUCGUUCCGGCUCAGACGCUGCAGGAUAUGGGUCGCGAUGCGUCCAAGAAGUUUUACCCGAGCAAGUAAAAAGGGAAUUCGGGCACAGAUAUAUCAUUUACGACGCGUAUCAUCCACACCAUAACCUAGCAAUCCCUCUUUAGCUACAUAAUACGGACCUUAGAUUAAGACUUGGAAAGGAGGAGAGCGUUUCUUCCUGUCUCUGGUGUUCCGAUUUUCUGGAUCAUCGCAAAUGUUAGCAAAGUUGCCGGUGCUCGACUGUAUGGUUUAGGUUUUCUUGCGCAGCCGCUGGUCACUUCCUAUUGCUUAAGAGAACUAUGUUACAAAGUAGAUCAAUUUGAUUUGUUUUUUUCUGUUCGUAUGUAUCGCAUUUUUUUUAAAUAAACCAUUAUCAUUUACCUCUA